AUAGUGCCCCCUGUUGCUCCGUAAGCAGGUUUGCAGCCAGUUCUUUGGGCUUCCUGUAAACUGUAGCUCUUCCCGGGCCUGGCUGGGUUUUUCUCGCAGGGGAGACCGUCCGCCACCGGCCUCUUGGCCACGCUCGCCAUGACGACUUCCUACCGACAAGAGCUGGAGAAAUACCGAGAUAUUGAUGAAGACCAACUGCUCAAGGAACUCUCCCCGGAGGAGCUGGAUCAGCUGGACCUGGAGCUGCAGGAAAUGGAUCCAGAAAACAUGAUGCUCCCGGCUGGGCUUCGGCAACGGGACCAGACGAAGAAGGACCCCACGGGGCCCCUGGACCGCGAUGCCCUGAUGCAGCACCUGGAGAAGCAGGCGAUGGAGGUGAAGGAGAGGGAAGACCUGGUGCCCUUCACGGGGGAGAAGAAAGGGAAGCCUUUCAUCCCUAAAGUUCCCAAGAAAGAAAUCGUCAAAGAGGAAGACGUGAUUUUGGAGCCGGAACUGGAAGAAGCUUUGGCCAAUGCCACCGACGCCGAAAUGUGCGACAUCGCAGCCAUCCUGGGCAUGUACACCCUGAUGAGCAACAAGCAAUAUUACGAUGCCAUCUGCAGCGGCACCAUCAGCAACACGGAAGGCAUCAACAGUGUCGUCCAGCCGGACAAAUACAAGCCUGUCCCGGACGAGCCCCCCAACCCCACCAAUGUCGAAGACACCCUGGCGAAAAUCCGAAGCAACGACAGAGGCCUGGACGAGGUGAACCUGAAUAACAUCAAGGACAUCCCCAUCCAGACACUGAGGGAGAUCUGCGAAGCCAUGAAAACAAACACUCAGGUGAAGAAGCUCAGUUUGGUGGCCACCAGAAGCAACGAUCCGGUGGCCCAGGCGGUGGCCGAGAUGCUCAAGGAGAACAAAACUCUUCAGAGCCUCAACAUUGAGUCCAACUUCAUCACCAGCGCGGGGAUGAUGGACGUCAUCAAAGCCAUGAAGAAAAACGGCACCUUGUCCGAACUGAAGGUGGACAACCAGCGCCAGCGACUGGGCGACUCGGUGGAGAUGGAGAUGGCCGCCAUGCUGGAGAACUGCCCCUCCAUCACCCGGUUCGGGUACCACUUCACACAGCAAGGCCCGAGGGCCCGGGCCGCCAUCGCCAUCACCAGGAACAACGAACUGCGACGCAAACAGAAAAAGACAUAAAUUGCUGGGCACCAUCCGUAUUUCCCGCAGCUCCGGCAUCUUCCCCACGGCUCCAGAGCAGCCCAACAGCCAUUUUGGGGCCCAUGUGCCCAACUCAGGUUUUUCCCUCCCUUCACCUCCAAGGGCCCCCCCCACCGUCUCUCAAAUACCUCUGUAAAUAAAGCGAUCUGAACGAUGCUACCCCUU